GAGCACGCCGAGGCGGCAGCAGGCUGUUGUUCUCUGGGCUUAGAGCAGAGCUGGAAGACUCGGAGGCUUCUCUCGGGGCCUGGGCUCAGCCCACAGCCGUCCUCGGGAGGAAGGGAAGGGUGUGCAUCCGGCCACAGUUUAGGCGCCACCAGUGGGCAGGUGGCAAAGAGGAGAUCCCAAGCACCAUGCUAGCUGCGGUGCUCAAGGGCCACCGCUUCCUGACGGCAGGAGCCAAGUGCUGUGAGUGUGGGGCGUCCCUUUCCCACCAGUACUACGAGAAGGAUGGGCGCCUCUACUGCAAGAAAGAUUACUGGGCCCACUUUGGGGAACUCUGCCAUGGCUGCUCAGAGCAGAUCACCAAGGGGCUCGUCAUGGUGGCUGGAGAACAGAAGUACCAUCCAGAAUGCUUCAGCUGCCUAAAUUGUCGGGUGUUCAUCGGUGAUGGAGACACCUACGCACUGGUGGAACGGUCCAAGCUGUACUGUGGGCACUGCUAUUACCAGAUGGUGGUGACACCCGUGAUGGAACAGCUGCUCCCGGAAUCUCCUGGCACCCGGAUCCCCCACACGGUCACCCUCGUGUCCAUCCCGGCCUGUUCCGACGGCAAGCGAGGCUUCUCCGUCUCCAUCGACCAGCACGGUGGUUCAGAGCACCCGCACACCGUCCGUGUCCGAGAAUUGAACCCAGACUGCAUAAGUCCUGACAUGAAAAAUGCCAUCCACGUUGGCGACCGCAUCCUGGAGAUCAACGGCACACCAAUCCGACAUGUCCCGCUAGACGAGAUUGACCUCCUGAUUCAGGAGACCAGCCGCCUGCUCCAGCUCACCAUCGAGCACGACCCACAUGACAUGCUGGAGAACAGCAGCCCCCUCUCAGAGCUGCACAGCCCCCUCCACUCGCCCAGCCGCACACCCUGCCCGGAACCCUCCACCAUCCGCCAGCGUGCCGUCAUGAGAAGUUGCAGCAUCGACAAGUCACCCUGCUCCAGUUCCCUGGGGUCCCCCUCAUCGCAACGGAAAGACAUCGGCCGCUCCGAGUCGCUUCGUGUCGUCUCGUGCCCUCAUCGCAUCUUCCGCCCCUCGGAUCUCAUCCAUGGCGAGGUGUUGGGCAAGGGCUGCUUUGGGCAGGCCAUCAAGGUCACCCAUCGGGAAACAGGAGAGGUGAUGGUCAUGAAGGAACUUAUCCGUUUUGAUGAGGAGACUCAGAGAACGUUCCUUAAGGAGGUGAAGGUGAUGCGGUGCUUGGAGCAUCCCAAUGUGCUGCGGUUUAUCGGGGUUCUCUACAAGGACAAGAGGCUGAACUUUAUCACAGAGUACAUCAAAGGAGGGACCCUCCGCGGGCUCAUCAAGAGCAUGGACAGUCAGUAUCCCUGGAGCCAGCGGGUCAGCUUUGCAAAAGACAUCGCUGCGGGGAUGGCUUAUCUGCACUCCAUGAACAUCAUUCACAGGGACUUGAACACGCACAACUGUCUCGUGCGGGAGAACAAAAGUGUCGUCGUGGCCGACUUCGGCCUUGCCCGGCUCAUGGUGGACGAGAAAAACCAGCUGACAAGCCUGAAGAAGCCGGACCGCAGGAAGCGAUACACGGUGGUGGGGAAUCCCUACUGGAUGGCCCCAGAGAUGAUCAACGGCAGAAGCUAUGAUGAGACGGUGGACAUUUUCUCCUUCGGCAUUAUUCUUUGCGAGAUCAUUGGGAGAGUCAGUGCAGACCCUGACUACCUGCCUCGCACCCUGGACUUUGGCCUCAAUGUGCGGGGCUUCCUAGACCGCUACUGCCCUCCCGGCUGCCCCCCUGGCUUCUUUCCAAUUGCCGUCUGCUGCUGUGAUUUGGAUGCUGAGAAACGGCCUGCCUUCAGCCGCUUGGAGCAUUGGCUGGAAGCCCUCCGCAUGCACCUGGCCAUGCAGCUGCCCUUGAGUUCACAGCUGGAGCAGCUGGAUCGAGCCUUCUGGGAGACGCACCGGCGGGCCGAGGGUGGGCUACCCGCACACCCUGAAGUGUUGGAGUGAGCACUGCUGCAGAGGUGGGCGAGCAGCGGCGAGCCGAGACGUGUGCCCGUGCGGCGGGCUGAAGGCGAAGUCCUCUCCUGCAAAGCCAUCCUGCAGGCUUCACACCGCUCGCCCACUAGAGCUGGUCUCUGGGUCCCCAGCAGCGCAUGGUGGCGUCCCAUGUGGCUGAGAGCUGGCCCUCUGCUUCCUUCAAGGGGUGGUGGAGACUCUGUGCCUGGUGUGCACAGUCAUUGGAAGGGCAGCCUGGGCUCUUGUAAAUACUCCUGUAAAUGAAUAGGCACCCUUUGCCCAGGCAAACCCCAUCAGGGGCGAGGGAAGGGGGCACCCCCCACUUCCGCCUUGCCCGCUUCGUGGCUGCGAAAAGCCUUUGCACGCUCCACCGAUCACGCGCCUUUCUGUCCCUGGCUGGCCACUGCUCACAAGCUAGCGUUGUCUUGGGCAGGGGGGAGAUCUCCAGGGUGCCUCCUCCCCCCCACCCUCACCCUCCUGCGAAGCCCCCCCACCUCCCUCCCCUGGGCAGACCCUUGUCCUCCUGCAAAGCGGUGCCUUUGGGUCGACGUGAGCUUGCGCCCCCGCCCCCAGGUUCUCUGGGGGGGCCUUCAUUCAUCCUCUGUGUGUGUCACGUCUGUGAGGAGGCAAAAGACGCAUAAUGAUGUGCGCGCAUGGCCUGGCCUGAGUGCUCCCUGGAGCACGUGUGGUGUCUGUCUCUGUCUCUCUGUGCCCUCGUGUGUGUGUGUGUGUGUCCGCCCCUUCGAUUGUGUCCUAGCCCUGCCGGCAGAACUGCAUAACCCGACAGCUCCCUAAGGGGGGUAUUCGGAGUGGAGAAGCUAGGUGUGUGGGGUUUUUUGGGGGGGAUAUGCUUAACCCUUUCUCCACCCACUUCUCUAUUCCGAGUCUUCUUCCUGUCCAAGCUGCUGUUCCCCUUGUGAGGAUUUUGUUGCACGUGUGUGCCGCGGAGUGUUCUGGAGCCUGGGCAGCCCAGUUAUUUGUACAGAGCAAAGGGGGCAUCAGCCCCCUCCUCUUUUCCCACCCUCUGGAAAUGCAUCUCAGGUUUGAGGCAGAACCACAGAAGAGGAGCGGAGCGAGGUGCGCAGGUGAAUCACAGGAGACAGACCGAGGGGUGGCGCCAGAGGUCAGUAUCAUCAGGCACCUGCCAAGGCCCACACUCUUGCAAGGGUCCCACUCCCAACCCCUGGGGCCUCCUUGCGUUCUGUUCUUCCUCUUCUCCCCCUGCCUGUUCACCUGUCCUCUCUGAGCACCUAGGCAGGAGCAGGAGAGGACGCAGAAAGCUUCCCUCGCCUUGCACUCUCCGUCUGGGCACCGUUGCACGCAGGCUGAAUCCAGAGGGAGAUGGCCAGCAGCUGGAUGGCAAUCACAAGGGGAGCUCGUUGGAGGCAUCUCACCCAUGCCCCUCACCUCAUCCAACACACACACACACACACACACAGUCUGUUGCAAGCUAGCACUCUAUAGAGUUCUGUGGAGCAUGCUGUUUGGGGUGUGGGGUUGCAUUUUCGAAUGUCCUCUUGCAUAAAAGAAAUCCCCCGACUGUCAAAGCCCCCACAUUACAGGGAAGCUGAGGAUCAAACCAUUUCCCUGCCCUGCUGUUUUUCUACAGGCAGGGGAAACAUUGAUGCUGGAGCAUUCAAAGAUGUAAUUUACCCCCCCCCCAUGUCUGAUUUCUCAGAGGAGGAGAUGACCAGUGUCAUCAAACAACCUCAACCAGGGAAGAAAUUUUGGAGAGUGUCCAAUGGGGGGAAAGGAACACCUCUCCUUUUCCCCCAUUGGCCCCUCUCCAAAAUUUCUGACUCACUAAGUCACUCAGACCGGAACUGCAGUACUCAAGAUUUUAAAGUACAGGGUUCACGGCAAAAGGCUCAAGUUCCAGAAGGCCCUUUGGGAAGCCCCACAACCCUUGGUUUUUAAGA